CUCUCCCCGUUGUCCACCACCACCACCACCAACAACAACAAUGGCCUCAAACCUCCAGUUCAAGAACUUGCUUCCCGCAUCAGGCGAAUGGAAGAACGAUAUUAGGCGGUUUCUGUCAGAGGACGUGCCUGCGUUUGAUAUCGGCGGGUUCGUUGUUGGCGAUGAGGAGAAAUCUGCGACUCUGAAUUGCAAGCAAUCCGGCGUACUAGCUGGCGUUCCGUUCGCGCAAGAACUAGCUGAUCAGUGCGGAGUGCAGAUUACAUGGCUGAUCAGCGAGGGCACGUACAUUGACACGACGGCGACGGGCAAGACGCCUGUUGCGAAAGUGGUGGGGCCAGUUAAUCGGCUGCUCUUAUUUGAGCGUACGGCGUUGAAUAUCCUGGCGCGGGCGAGCGGGAUUGCUACCAAAUCGCGACGGAUAAUCACGCUUGCUCGCGAGGCAGGGUACCCCGGCAUCAUUGCCGGCACACGCAAGACCACGCCUGGCUUCCGCCGGAUAGAGAAAUACGCGAUGCUGGUAGGCGGCGUGGACACGCACCGCUACGAUCUCUCGUCGAUGGUGAUGCUCAAGGACAACCACGUCUGGGCGACGGGCUCGAUCACAAAGGCCGUGCACGCCGCGCGGUCGGCGUGCGGGUUCGCGACAAAGAUCGAGGUCGAGUGUCAGAGCGAGGAGGAGGCGGACGAGGCGAUCGCUGCGGGCGCGGAUGUUAUCAUGCUUGAUAAUUUCACGGGCGAGGGUAUCGCGGUCGCGGCGGAGAGCAUAAAGACGCGGUGGGCGGGCAAGGGGAAGGCGUUCUUGCUGGAGUGCUCGGGAGGGCUUAAGGAGGAGAAUAUCAGGAGUUAUCUGACAAACUCGAUCGAUAUCUACAGUACGAGUAGCGUGCACCAGGGCACGGGGGUCAUUGACUUCAACAUGAAGAUAGACCAUUGAGGUUGUUUAGAGAUGUGAAAGAUAACAAGUGCUCAUUACUACAGAAAAGUUUCUAAUCCAAACA